AGGAACAAUGGUGACAAUGGUGACAACAGCCACAAUGGUGACAACACUGACAACAGCGACAACAAUGACAACAGUGACGACGGUGACAACCGUGACAACAGUGACAACGGUGACAAUGGUAACAACUGUGACAAUGGUGACAACAGGGACGACGGUGACAAACGUGACAACGGUGACGACAUUGACAACGGUGACAACAGCGACAAUGGUGACAACACUGUCAACAGCGACAACGGUGUCAACAGUGAUGACGGUGACAACAGUGACAACGGUGACAACAGCAACAAUGGUGACAACACUGACAACGGUGACAACAGCGACAACAGGGAUAACGGUGACAACAGCGACCAUGGUGAUACGGUAACAACAGUGAAAACAGUGACAACAUUGAGAACACUGACAAGGGUGACAACGGUGACAACAGUGACAAUGGUGCAAACAGUGACAAUGGUGACAACAGCGACAAUGGUGACAACAGCGACAAUGUUGACAAUGGUGACAACAGGAACAACGGUGACAACGGUGACAAAAGUGACAACAGCGACACUGGUGACAACAGUGACAACGGUGACAACAUUGACAACACUGACAACGGUGACAACCGUGACAACAGUGACAACGGUGACAACAGU